GUUAGCCUUGGUGUGCAUUUAAUUUUCAAGGACAUCUAUCGUUAUUGUCGUGCAAUUACCUGCUAGAAGCAUCUCUCUACCCCUAUCUUUGUACAAUUUUAAAAGCCUCAAUUCGACUGGUUUCACCAGACUAUUUGUCACGAAUUACAUUCUGGUAAGUGCAGGUAUGGAACUGAGUGUAAUUUUGAAAUUAUAUGUUUUAAUAGCAAAAUAACAGGUAUUCUAUCAUUUCAGCAAUCACACAAAAUAAAUUACUUUCAUUAUUUCAGGUGUUUGUGUUUUUAGAAUAUGAAAUUACACUUGUUUGAGUCUUCUUUUUAGUUUCUUGAAGUUUCUAAUUGAAUUCACCUCUGUAGAACAUCAGAAGCUUUCGAAAUUCCGAAAAUGAACGUAAAGUACAUGUACUUAGUUAAUUGGUUUGUUCUGUAUAAAUUGUCUUUCAUUCUACCUUACUUUAAACUAUCUUUUGACUUUUAUUCUUUCUUUGUUGUUCAGUAUAUUUUCCCUGCAUGAAGUUUGAGUAUACAAAUGAAGAUCUUAUUUUACAGUCAAGUAAUACCUUGUCUAAAUUUGAUAAAACUUUGGAAUCCCUAUGGGUUGAAUCUUAUGAAGGCAAUCGUUUUCGAUACAAAAUUGAUUUGUCAAUGAAAUCAUUAAGGAAAGUUUCUAAUGGAGAUGUGAAUAUAUUAAUUUUACCUAAUGAUAAUCGUUUCAGUCAACGACGCAAACCACAACCAUUUAACGAUACUGACGAUCAAAUUGCACCUGAAUCCUUCAAUUUUAAUAAAGUUUCUACUGGUGAAAUUUUGCUAGAUAUUUCUGAAAAACAGAGUACAAAAUCUUCUUUUAUUCUAAUAAACGUCAGUCCCUUUUCAUAUUUGCACUCUCUUUUGGUUCCAGAAAUGGAAGAAUGCUACAAUCAGGUUUUAAGAAAGCAAUCUCUCUACUUAGCUAUCAAGUGUUUCCUUCUAAGUGCCAACAGAUAUUUGUGUAUGGGUUUUAACAGUCUAUUGGCUCAUGCUUCUGUAAAUCAUAUGCAUUUUCAUUUUUGGCAGUCACCAGAUUACUUAAGAGCUAUGUCCACGGAAAUUAAGCGGAAAUAUGAAAACCUAAUGUAUUUCGAACUGGUUGACCAUCCUGUUGACAAUUUUGUUCUCGAAUUAUCAAAUUUAUCAGAGUUGGAUAAUUUUAUAAACAAUUUGUGGACAUUGAUUUUGUCGUGCCAGAAAUUACACAUUGCUCACAACGUAUUUGUGGCUCGUUCUAAAUCCACUGGAUAUAUGCGUGUUGUAGUGUGGCCACGAUGCUCAGCUUAUGGUGCAAAAAAUAUUUCUAAUGUAGUUGCUUCAGAAGCGGGAUUUUAUGUAGCUGUUGCUGAGCUUGCUGGAAUGAUGGUUGUUGCCGGAGAAGAUAUCGCUUCCACACUGACCUAUAACAAGAUUGAAUCCAUUUUACGCAAUGAAUGUUUGUCAAGAGAAACUAUGCAUUCGUUGGAAAAUGAAUUGUUUGAAGCCCUGUGUGUCCAAAAACAACAAUAAUCGGGAGAAAUCUUACCUAUUCAUCAGUACUUUAAGUACAGAACGCAACUGGUGUCUGAAGCUCUUUGGCUGAGUAUAUUUGGAGACAUUGAUCCAUGUAAUAAACAUUGUAUGAAUUCAUGCUUGAAUUGUCUACUGAAUACA